GUCACAUAUCCGCUGGACUAGUAGUGAUAUGGUGGUACAUAAUAACCUUGCAUUAUGUAUGCGGACUUAGGCCCCGUCGCAGUACCCGCUGCUGUACGAGAGAUGCUUUCAUGAAUUUACACAAUAGAAAAUAUCGAUCCAUAUCGCCCACUAGACUGAAGCAGAGCAGGCCAUCAGUACUGUGGGUUUCUUUCUUCGAGAAUUGUCUGGAAUGCGAAAGAUCGUGGAUGUUUUACGAGUCAAGACGAGGAGUUGAGCUUUUGUCAAGGAAACACUAAAGACGGCGUGCAUGUAAAGGAGCAACGUACGCUGAAACAUUAACACUACAUAAUAAAGGCCUACUCAGACUUAUGAUACACUCAUGACCUGAAACAGACAUAGUGUCGUGAAGUCCUUUCCGUGAGUCAUACAAAAACAUGUCGAGACGAUAUUUAUUUUUUCUCGUAACUGUUUCAGUCGCAUGUUUUCUCCUCUAUUUGGUGGUGAGACACGCUCCCAUUUUGGAGAGCCACCAGAGCCACAUCGUAUCAGCAGUGAAAUCGAGAUCAGGUCAGUCAAGUGAUGUGGGGCUGCCGUCCUUUUCACCCUGCAACUGUUCUUGUUCGACUGUGAACUCCGUCACCAGAGCCGCCAAAGGCAGGCAUGCGACAACUCCCGCGUCCGGACACCAGACUGUAGUAGACGUGAACUCUGACCCCGUCCGCCAUGAUGUUGUCAUGGGAACCAGACCUUUGGGUUCCAGUGUCGUCAUCAUGGCAGUCAUGCGGACUGGUUCCUCAUUCGUCGGCGAGAUAUUUGGCCAAAACGAAAACACCUUCUACCUUUUUGAGCCCGGCAUUCCCCUCGAAAACGAACUGAUUGCCCACAAUGAAACUAGUGUUUUCAUGCAACAGUUGUACAUUGAUAUGAUGAACUCGUUGUACCGGUGUAAUGUGACUUACCUGGAUUUUUACCUCAAAAGUUUGUCAGGCAAAAACCAGAACACAAUUCUGAAAUCUGCACCGCGGCUGUUCGAUUCGCUGUGCCCCAAAAUGAAACGCGGUGGCUCGGGUCGCUUUCUGUGCGGGAAAGUUUCGCCAAUACGGUUUGUGCAAAAAUGUCGGGAGAAAAGAUCCAUUGUGAUUAAGUCUAUUCGCAUUUGGCACAUCGGGAUGUUCCUGCCGUUGAUACAAAGCACCAACUUGAAAGUCAUUCAUCUCGUUCGGGACCCACGAGGGAUGACUGCAUCUCGAGUACCCGCCAUGAACGUCGUUGACAACACAUCCAACAAAUUAAAGGCCGGGUCAUUCACGGAGGAAAUGCGCGAAUAUCUCAUACGAUACUGCUCCCUCAGCCUAGAAAACAAAGAAACAGGCUCGUACCUUCCUAAGUACAGAGACAAUUACUUUCUGCUGAGGUAUGAGGACAUGUCAUUGGAUCCAGGGAGAGUCACCCAACUCAUCUACAACUUCACUGGACUUGGUGCUGUCCCUGAGACAGUAUCUAAAUGGAUCGCUGAGAAUACCCAGGCUUAUAGACCUGGAGUAUACUCGACUACCCGAGUGUCCAGCCAAGUGUAUCAGUCGUGGCGUAAAAAGUUAGACUUCAAGACCGCUAAGGCCAUCGAGAAUGUUGGACGCUGUGCUGAGAUGAUGGAGCAUUUCGGAUACCUUCCCGUGCGGGACAAGUCGCAUCUCAAGAACCUGUCGUUUCCCCUCCUCGCUCCCAUUCCAGCGGAACACGAUUCCCAGAAAUAUCAGUCAUAUCGUUUCACAGGUUGACUAUAGGCAUGCUCCCUUCAAAUCAAAGCAACUCCAAAAAACAACCGUUCAUAACUUUGAUCCAAGACUUUAAUCAGUGUUAAACCUAUCCGUAGGUUCUUUACUGGCCAAACUUUCAAAAUGACCUAUAUAUAAUGUGCAUCCACACGUGUUCAGAAAGGGAGAAAUGUUCAUUUUGAAAGCAACAGGGAAACGUCUUAGCCUAUGUGUGUAAAUUUGGCCCUAUCUAUUUGCAUGCGCAAAAGCGGGAUCCCUCAUACAGGGCCCUUUAGUACAGUUACUUUGAUUGGUCAAAUUCUGGGCUUUGAUUGUGUUCCCCUGAUUUGCAGCGCUGCUGUCAAUCCGCCGCGGGACGGUACAGAUCAGAGGGCGCUACAAUUACCAUUUUCCAAAAUAGGGGCGCUCUUCAAAACCGGUCAUUAUGCAAACUACGCAUUAUGUGCCCAUUUUCAGGGCGCAUUGAAAGG